CUUUGUCAACAAGUGAGUUACGUACUAAAUGAUGGCCUCAAGUAGACAGACACUCAGAUAUGCAUUUCUGUGCAAAUCACAUCAUCAGCAACAAAGCAUACCACUCAGCCCUCUCGCUUUCCCUCCCCCCACCGCAACACACACUCGCCGACUACAAUCGUCCGUCCAGCGAUGCACGCAUAGGCUGCCACCAAGAACUUUCCCGCGACCUUCCCGCUGGAAGGACGAGCCUGAUCACACACGUGCACGUAGCGGUUGUCAUCCCAGCUGGCCACACACAAACACACCACACAUGAUGACAUCACACCGCACAAACGUCCCGCUGUCCCGUACCGGUACAGCAGAUAGAAUACUCGUCAAACUCGGGUGUUGUGUGGUGGACUGGCGGCAUGUGCGUACCUCUUUUUUCCUUUUUGUUGAUUUGUAUGCGUCUGAAGCUCUCCUCCUCUAUCUGCUGCCUUUCCACCUGCCGCCUCAUCAGCGCGGCCGCCUUGGCGUCACGACGCAAAUCGGACCCGCCGACCUCCUCAGGCACCUGCAGCCAGACACAGACACACAGACACACACAUGAAUAGGAGCACGUGUGUGUGUGUGUGUGUGUGUUUACGUCGGAGAUUUCUUGUCUGAGUGAGCGGACGUAUUCGGUCUUUUUGAGCCUCUCCCUCUGCCUGUCCGCCUCGCGAUGCGCCUUGGCAGCUGCCGACAACUGAGACAAGACAGCCAUGGCACAUGGGAGGUCGACAAUAGCCAACCGCUGCAUGCCGUGCUUUUGCUGUGUGUGCGCACUGCACGUACGUGGUCGCCCGUGUACUCGACAGCCAGUAGCUUCGGCGGCUUGUAGACGCCCUUGGCAGCCACCUCUCCCUCUCCCUCUCCCUUUUCCUCAGGGACUUCCCCUUCGCCCUCCUGCUCAUCGCUCUGCUCCAUUUGCUCUUCGUCGGCUUCAUUUGGGUUCAUCAGCUGGUCCAGCCGGGGCCUCAGCGGCUGCGCAGCCUCACUGGCCGCCUCUGACAUACACACACACACGUGUGAGUGGACCGAUUUCGUUGUUGCAUGUGGGGUGGGUGCAUUGUGUGUGGGUGAGUCGAGUCACCUUGGAUUGGUUUAGCGGCCAUGUCGAGCAGUCUGUUGACCUGGUAGGCCAGGCGCUGGUCGAUGGGGCGCAUCUUCUCCAUCAGAGUGCGCAGCAGCACCAGCUCGUCGACCACGGGGUGGGGGCUGACCGACGCACCCUUCACCUGAACCACAUCAAUCAGAACACACGUCUGUGUGUGUGUGCGUGAUAUGGAUGGAUGGCUGACCUUGAGCAGCGUGUAGUACGUGAGGUAGAUGGUGUAGGUCAGCAACAGCUGCGCCUUGACGUCGAGAUACGAGAUGCCCUGACACACACACAUGCACAGACACAGGAGGUGAUAUCUAUCUGCCUCUGCCCCUGCCUCGCCAUCCCUCUCCUCGCUCGCCCACCUUGUCCACAUGAAUGCUGGUCCCAUCAAUCGUCUCGUUGAGCGACUCAAGCUUCUUCCGCAGACUCUCAGCCUUCCCCUUCACAGCUCGCCAAGCGCACUCAACACAUCCUCGUCAGCCACAUCCUCACCAUCCACACGCAGCAGCUCAUCCCUGCUGCUGCCCUCACGUCGAGAGGAGUGGGAUGUGCCAUCUGGCGGGGCAGCGAAGCGGCGGAGCGCCUCAUAGUCCACGAGCGGGUCCUCGACAGCAUCUCUCUCGGUGUCCGCGUGAUGAUCUCCAUUCAUCAGCUCGGUUUGCGGGUUCAGUUCAGGGCGCUGGCAAGGUCUCGGAAUCGCCUUAGGCCAUUCCUUCGCGAGGCGUCAUGAUGAUCGCUACCUAAUCUCGCACUCCCAAAAGACACAAUCGUCGCCUG